AUGGCAAAGACGGCCUGCAUGCGCGCAUUAAAUAAUGCUAUAAGUCGACGUCACAUAUCAUCCAAAUCGAUGGCUCAAAAACAUGGUCUCUAUCAUGAGAGAUUCGAAGCUGUUAUUGGACUAGAAAUUCAUGCGCAAAUAAAUUCGAAAUCAAAAUUAUUCUCUUCGUCUUCAGCAUCAUUUAACAAACCAGUCAGUUCCAAUGUAUCAGUGAUUGAUGCUGCAUUUCCGGGAACUAUUCCGAAAUUGAAUAAAAAGUGUGUAGAUCUUGCCGUUGCUACAGCUUUUGCACUAUCGGGAGAAGUUCAAAGGACCUCAUCCUUUGACAGAAAACACUAUUUCUAUCCGGACUUACCUGCAGGGUAUCAAAUUACACAACAUUACGCACCGCUAUCCGUCGGUGGGCAGAUCCGACUCUCAUCACUGGACGGUUUGAAUUAUGAAAAAUUGAUCCGUAUCAAGCAGCUUCAGAUCGAGCAAGAUACUGGCAAGAGCAUACGAGAUGUUCGGCCGGGAAUGACUCUUGUCGAUUUGAAUAGAGCAGGAAUUGGAUUAAUGGAAAUUGUAACUGAACCUGAUAUCAGAUCCCCAAUCGAAGCUGGCCUCGUGGUACGUAAAUUGCAGGCUCUAAUGCGCGCCCUGGGAUCAUCAGAUGGCAACAUGGAAGAGGGAUCAUUACGAUGCGAUGUAAAUGUCUCUGUCCAUGAACCAGACAAAGCCUUCGGCAUUCGAUGUGAAAUCAAAAACUUGAACAGUAUAAAAUUCCUUGUGUCUGCCAUCGACGCGGAGAUUCAACGUCAAAUACAAGACAUCUGUCGUGGUGUCAGUAUUGUGCAAGAGACGCGUGGUUACGAUGUCUCGUCCAACGGGACUUAUAGGCUAAGAGAAAAGGAAACAGCACCGGAUUACAGAUACAUGCCAGAGUCAGACUUGCCACAACUUGUUCUUUCAGAGGAUUACCUGCGACACAUCAAAGAUUCACUUCCUGAAUUACCUGAUGACACGAAGAAACGAUUAAUUAAGAAAUACAAUCUAUCCUUAAACGACGCUUCGACUUUAUUAGGAGAGAGCGGCGGCAUUGAAUAUUUUGAAAAUGUAGCAGCCGCUGGUAGGAAUCCCCAACAUGUCGUAAAUUGGAUAACACACGAACUAUGGGGAAGAUUAAAUUCAAGGGAGAUUAGAUUUCAGGAUAAUCCAGUUUCACCCGAGCAAUUGGGCUCAUUGAUUGAUUGUGUAGUCAACGACACUAUUUCUGGUAGAACAGGAAAAGAUAUAUUGAAUCAGAUGAUCGAUGGUGAUAGGCGAUUAGCAUUUGAAAUAGUCGAAGCCAAUGGGUUAAGACAAUUAUCAGACCCUGAUGAAUUAUCUAAAAUAUGUAUGACCAUUAUUAAAAGAUUUCCGCAACAG